AUGAGGUGUGUGAAUGAUGGUAUUCUAUUAAAAGAAUUUUGUGAGUUGGAUUUACCUAACAUAGAGAAUUGGUUUGAAAAAGACAGUAACAAUAAUAAACUGCUAAUUCAUGAGUUAAUAUCCAAAUAUUACAAUUAUAUCAAAUUCAAAUCGUAGUAGUUAAGAACUUCAUUCUCUUUGACAUUGUACAAAAAAGAAAAAUAUUUGCAUUUCAGUCAACUAUCUGUUGGGUAAACAUAAAAUGAAAUCAAUUUAAUUUUGCAAUUUGUUGAUAAAGCUUUUGAAGUCAUAGAAACUAAACGAAAUGGUCAUUUAAAAUAUAAACUUUGUUAAUAUGUCUUUCUAAUGAUCCUUAAUGAUCUAUUUAAAUAUUAUAGUUGCUCACUUGUAGCAUUUAAUGUUUUGAUCAAAAGGAUUGAUUAAUUAUAAUUAGAGGAUCUUCUUCAGAUGGCUGAAAUCACAAGAUUACUAUAUAAAUUUUGCAAUUAGUUCGACACAUUUAUUAAUUAAAAUAAAUUCAUAGCAGGAUUUGAAUAUUUUGAUGUAGAAUAUAAAAUAACUCCUGAUUUAGUUGAAUUGAUAGUCUAAUAUAUGAAUCUUUAUGAGCAAGCUUAAAAAGGAACACCUAGCUAGUCUAAAGAAAUUCAUUUUAACACAUAAAAAUCCAUAUAGGUUCUAGCAAAGAUAAUUUCACAAAGUCCAUUUAAGACAUAAAGUUAAGAAUCUUUUAUGGGUCAAGGCAAUGCAGAGUAGUAAUACAGCAAAUCGGUGAUGUAUUGUAAUCAAUUCAAACAUAAAUUUGAUGAAAUUAAAUUUCAAGAAUUUCAAAAUAAUUUUUCAUCGAAUUAUAUAACAAUACCAGAGUAUUAUAAAUAGAAUAAGGCCAUUCCAGAAUUCAAGGAGGAAGAUGAAGAGCUAGAUAUUCUAGCCAAAAUUGAAGAGUAUAAAAUGAAACUUCAAUGUGAUCAACAAAUACAUUUACUGUAUCCAGAAGCUUUCAAUGAAAAAAAGUUCUUAAAUUUUGAAAAUAUAUAUUAUUAAUGA